CACAGCUGCACUCGGUUUGAUUUCUGUAGCAUCAAAUCCAGCACAGUCCUGUUUCGAGGUGGUCCAGGAUGUGAGCCUGGACUGGUCUGACAGGAUGGAUGUGGGGCUCGGCUCCUGUGGUAAAGUCGGUUCUUCUGCCUGAGCCACGAAACACUCACCUCUUUUAGUUCUUGAAAGUUUUCUGUGGAUUUUGUUUCUGUUUAAAGUUAAGGUCCAAACAGUUGUUACUUCCUGUCAAGUGAACAGAGAACAACAGCAGGAACCCAAAAAAGAACAUUUUUCUGGAAGGAAAAUAAAUGCAGACGUAAAGGAAACAAUCUCACAAGAUGACACAUUUACUAUUGCUGUAAAAGAAUAUUAAAAGUCAGUGAAGUUGCUGCAAUGAUAACUUUAUAGCUAAAACAACACGUCACGUGCUGAACCCCUCCUUUAGCCCCGCCCCGUCCGCUGCCUCAGUGGACCAAUCAGAAGCAGCGUCCGGAGGAGGGGUGUUGGACCUGAUGGUUCUCCCCGUGAACCGUCUCACACAGCCGGGUCGUCCGCGGUCUGCACACGAGCGGCGGAAAAGCACGAAGCGGGCCGAACCGAGCCGAAGGCGUGCUCCUCUGCUGCUGACGUCCGCAGAGCCUCAGCCCCUCACCAGGACCAGAACCCCGGUCUGAGCCCCGCCGCGCCCGCCCCGGACCGGACCUUCGGCCCCUCACCAGGACCCUAACCCCAGUCUGAACCCGGUCCCGGACCGGACCGGACCCUCGGUCUCGAACCGGAACCCCCGCCGCAAAAGUUUGAGCUGCGCGCAGGAAAGUUUGAGAUGUCGGAGGCGAGCCGGGACGCUCCCGGUGAGCGGCCGGAGAAAGGAACAGGAGCGCAGAACGGAAGGAAUCCUCCCAAAAGCACCGAGGACUUGGAGCUGGCUGCCAUCUUUGUGUCGGACGCUCAGUACAACAGGAACAUCUGCUUCGAGGCUUCGCCUGCCGUGGUCAGACUAUAUCUGCUCUACAACCACUGGGUGGCCAAGGUGCUCCUCUACCUCUUCAUACUCGUCAACCUGUCUCUGGCUUUCUUUGAGGAGCCGGCGGUCGUGGCUUUGCCCACAUGGGCCACCAUGCUGGUGGAGCUGCUCUGCCUGCUGGUUUUCACGCUGCGGCUGGUUCACUACGCCAGAGUCAUUCCUCGAGACAAGUUCUGGAAAGACCCCAAGAACAUCUGCAUCAUCGUCAUCCUCCUGCUCACUCUGGUGGACAUGAUGGUCUACGGCGCUCUCACAGCGUCUGGGUGUAAGGCCGUCCGCUGGUCCAGAGUCCUGCGUCCGCUGCUCCUGGUCAACGUGACGGAGGGACGGCAGCUGCGCAGGGCCUUCAGGAGCAUUCGGAACGCCCUGCCGCAGAUCUUCUACGUGUUCCUGCUCUUCAUCUUCAGCCUGCUCAUCUUCUCCCUCAUGGCGCUCAAGCUGCUGGGCAAACGGGACCUGAAGACUCUGGAGGGAGAACCGUACUUCACCAACUACCUGUCCAUCGUCUUCGACCUGUACGUGCUGGUCACCACGGCCAACAGCCCCGACGUCAUGAUGCCGGCGUACAACUUCAGCUUCGUCUUCGCCAUCUUCUUCAUCGUCUACAUCUUGGUCAACACCUACAUCUUCAUGUCGGUCUUCCUGGCUGUGGUUUACAACACCUACAAGAAGCACCUGAAGGAGGAGGUGCGUCAGCUGGUGCGAGCCAAGAGGCAGAAGAUGUCCCGGGCCUUCCUGGUUCUGCAGGAGCAGGCGCAGGAGGGCGGCGAGCCGGUGGUGACUCAGGCCAGCUGGAACCAGCUGGUCCGGAUGGUCCGGCCCGACAUCAGCGACCCCCACAGACUGCUGCUGUGGAGCGUCCUGGACUCCAGCAGCCAGGGCCGCAUCGGUAAGGCGGCGUUCGUCCAGCUCGCCGACCUCCUCAACAUCGAAGUCAUCACGCUCAAGUCCAGGCCACACCCCCUUCAGAGCCUCUGCCCCGCCCUCUACCAGUCGGCCCCAAGCCGCCUGCUCCGCCGGUUGGUCCAACACCGGGCCUUCGUGGUGCUGUAUGACCUGAUCAUCCUGGUGAACGCCGUCUUCAUCGGUCUGGACGAGGACAACCCGCUGAUCGCCCACUCGGAGUGGGUCUUCCUGGCGCUGUACCUGCUGGAGAUCCUGCUGAAGCUGUACGUCUUCGAGCCGCGGGCGUUCUUCUCCAGACACAGCUUCUGGAACUGGUUUGACACCAUCAUCGUCGUCUCUGCUCUCGUGGCCACGGUGGUCAACUCGGCCCUGCAGUCCUCCGGAGGGUACACCAGCCGGCAGAUCCUGGACAUCGUCUUCAUCCUGCGAGUCCUGCGACUGAUCCGAGUGGUGGACAGCAUCAAGAGGUUCCGGACCAUCAUAAACACCCUGAUCAGGAUCGGACCGGCCAUCCUCACCUUCGGACAGCUCAUUAUCGUGGUCUACUACGUGUUUGCCGUGGUCGGAAUGGAGCUCUUCAAAGACAAGGUGCGGUUUUUCGAGGCGGACUCCAGCGACCCGGCGAAGGCUUACUGUGGAAAUGCCUUGCUCAGAGGCACGGCCUUCGCUCACUUCAACUACUGCAAGAACAACUUCAACAACAUCGUGUCGUCCUUCGUCCUGCUGGUGGAGCUGACGGUGGUCAACCAGUGGCAUGUGCUCAGCAGCGGCUUCGCCGCGGUCACGCACGCCUCGGCCCGGCUCUUCUUCAUCCUCUUCCACAUCGUGGUGGUCAUCAUCAUCAUCAAUAUCUUUGUGGCGUUCGUCCUGGAGGCCUUCUUCGUGGAGUACUCCUUUGAGAAGAGUGACCUUCUGACCUCUCUGGAGAGGAAGAUCAAGGAGCUGGAGCUGGCUGCGCCGCAGGAGGAGAUGGAUGGCGGCUUGGUCAACGCCAUGGAAACCAUGGACAACGAGCUGGGAAGCGGCCCGAGCGACGGCGCCGGCCCCGCCCCGCCUCACCUCAUGUUUAAGAUCGCCUCCAAACGGUAUCGAACCGUCGACGCCUUGCUGCAGCGAAUGUUCGAGUCGGAUCUGGAUCCUGAAGACUUGGAUGAGAGCAGUGACCCUGAAGCGCAGAGCAGCCCCAGCUUUAGCAACCCUUCUUUCAGCUCCGCCUAGACCUGCACUCCCUGGGAAACACCAUCUGAUCCACGUCCAAUACACACACACACACACACACACACACACACACACACACACACACCAUCUCGCUCAGGUGUGUUUGGACGGGCUGGACUUCAGGUUUCCUCCCUUCUUCACUCCAGAAAGACAGAAAGCUGAGACUCAGCCGCAGAUCAGAUCAACAUGACGGACGAUUCUGAUUCAAUGAAAAAACAUGCUUUUAUGAUUUUGUAUAGUGUGUGUGUGUGUGUGUGUGUGUGUGUGUGUGUGUGUGUGUGUGUGUGUGUGUGUGUGUGUGUGUGUGUGUGUGUGUGUGUGUGUGUGUGUGUGUGAGAAUCAUUGACAUUCUUUCUUGUCAUCUCAUACCAGCAGGAGUAAAGCUAUGAUCAGUCAGAAUGAUCAGACUCACCUCUGUUGUUCUUUAUUUUCUUUCCUCUGAUUGUCGAAUGAAGACUUUGAGUCUCUGAAGGGUUUUUCCCUUUUCCAAACCUGGAGACCAGCAGGCCACAAAGCCUCAGCAGAGACCACGUCCCUGCAGGUGUUCUUCUCCAGGCUGGAGCGGCUGGAUGUACUGAGGACCUGCUCCGGAGGACUCCGUCUGCUUUACCUGGAAUCCACCGUUCAGUCAGGAGCGUUGAACAUGACGCAGCUGUUGGUGGACAUUCUGCAGGGUUUUUAAACUGUCCCAGCUGUGGAACGUGUUGACAAAGCUCCACCCCUCCGACGGACUUCCUCCAGUCUCAUUAAUGUGCAGAAGUUGACGUCGUGCAGAUAUCUCAGUAGAGACACUCUUAACUCAGUUAUUGCUCUCAUAUCAUGCUAAUGCACUUGUUUUAUCUGUGAAAUGACAAAAAGAAUGUGAUACCGCCUUUUUCCAGCUUUCAUAAAGUUAGAAAUAAAUGCAAUAAGAUCCAACUGGACAACACCCGAUCACCUGUAAAGCCUGAUAAAGGUCACACCCGAAUUCAGGUGUAUUUUUCUCUCCCUUUGAAGCAUCAGCAUCCAGCUGUUUUAUUUCACCAAAGAAAAAAAAAAGAGUUGUGUGGUUUCACUUAUGAACAAUAA